AUGAAGUCGCACGACCAGAUGAAGAGCGUCGAGGCCAACGACGCCGCGUGGGAAGCAACCCGGGGAGCCGUCAUCGGAGCGGCGAGAUGGGGUCUCGGAGCGGCGGUCCUCGGCGCCGUCGCGUACAAGUUCUCGCCGCUGUACAAGGGCCUAACGAUUCAGUUCAAAUGCUACGUGCAAAUGUCCGCCAUGGUGCUGGGUAGCAUGCUCGAGGCGGAUCACAGGUUAAGAGAAUACGAGGCCAAGGUGAGGAUGCAGAAGCGCAUCCUGAGGGACAGAGCCAAGUGGGAGAGGUUUGAGCAGGAGUUCCUUGAGAACCCAUCCGAGAAGAAAUAA